AUGGCUCUUCCAUACUCAAGAAACGCUCCAGCUUGGUUCAAAUUAUCAUCUGACAGCGUUGUUGAACAAAUCAUCAAAUACGCCAGAAAAGGUUUAACCCCAUCCCAAAUCGGUGUCUUAUUAAGAGAUUCUCAUGGUGUUUCCCAAACCCGUGUUGUCACUGGUAACAAAAUUUUAAGAAUUUUAAAAUCAAAUGGUUUAGCUCCAGAAAUUCCAGAAGAUUUAUACUUCUUAAUUAAAAAAGCUGUUUCAGUUAGAAAACAUUUAGAAAGAAACAGAAAAGAUAAAGAUUCUAAAUUCAGAUUAAUUUUAAUCGAAUCAAGAAUCCACAGAUUAGCUAGAUACUACAGAACUGUUGCUGUUUUACCACCAAACUGGAAAUACGAAUCAGCUACUGCUUCAGCUUUAGUUAACUAG